GGCGUCGCUGGCUGAGUGGGUUGCGCAUGAGAGUUGCGCGACGUCAUUGCGAUCCAGGACCGAGCAGAGAGUGGGGCAGUGGAUGACAAUGAUGGCCGCCACCAGCGAUGAACGGAGUGUUAUGGAGCCAGCGAGAACGAAUUCGGGCCAGAGCCAGCCCAUAGACCGGCUGAAGUUGCUUUAUCCAAUGGUGAACGAGGAGGAGACGCCGUUGCCGCGCUCCUGGAGCCCGAAGGACAAGUACAACUACAUAGGCCUGUCGCAAAACAAUCUCCGCGUUCACUACAAAGGUUACGGUAAAACUCACAAAGACGCUGCCAGUGUUCGUACAACGCACUCCAUACCAGCAGCCUGUGGCUUGUAUUACUUCGAGGUGAAGAUUGUGAGCAAAGGCCGCGAUGGCUACAUGGGAAUCGGUCUCUCAGCACACGGCGUCAAUGUGAACAGGUUGCCGGGAUGGGACAAGCACUCAUAUGGUUACCAUGGCGAUGACGGCCACAGCUUCUGCUCGUCCGGCACGGGUCAGCCUUACGGGCCGACCUUCACUACCGGCGACGUGAUCGGCUGCGGCGUCAAUCUGGUUGACAACACCGCAUUCUACACGAAGAAUGGCCACCACUUGGGUAUCGCCUUCACGGACCUCCCUCCCAAUCUUUAUCCGACAGUCGGUCUACAGACUCCGGGUGAAGUCGUAGAUGCCAACUUUGGGCAAGCACCAUUUGUCUUCGACAUUGGAGACAUGAUCAACGAACUACGUGUCCGAACGAGAUUACAGAUCAUAAACUAUCCCACACCGGAUCAUGGCCAGGGCCAAUGGCAAGAAGUUCUUCACAAGAUGGUGUCCACGUAUCUCGUCCAUCAUGGAUAUUGCGCUACUGCUGAAGCGUUUGCCAACAGUACAGGUCAAGUGUUUGAGGAGGAUUACAACUCUAUCAAAAAUCGACAAAGGAUCUUAAAAUUGGUAUUAGCCGGACGGAUGGGUGAGGCGAUAGAAUUAACUAGUCGAUUAUAUCCCGGGCUUCUCGAUAGGGAUCCGAAUCUAUUGUUCGCUCUGAAAUGCCGUCAGUUCGUUGAAAUGGUAAACGGCAGUGACUCGGAAGUCUGCCAGAGCGGCAACAGUGUUAAUCAAACGAGCGUGAUACAGUCGACCAAAGCGUACGCGAAAUCCUCGGUGAACAGUAACGUAGAAGAGAUGAAUAUCAGUAACACGAUGAACGGCAACAGCGGCCAACAGUUCGUCAAUGGCCAAAUAGAGGACGACGUUGACAUGGAGGAAAGCAGCGUUAACGUUGUGAAUGGUGUCAAGAACAGCAACGGAUAUCAGAAUAGCAACGCGAGCUCGAACGGGUACAAGUGUCAAAAUGGAGAGGAUGUAGAUAUGGAAGAAAUCGAUAGUGCCAAUCAAAGUCAGCAACAGCAGCAAAACGGUGACUGCAGCAUUAGCGCCGAUAAUACGACAAAUAAAAGUAACAAAAAGCAAUUGUGCGGCGGUAACAAGCAGGCGAUCGAAAAGAUGCUGGAGUUCGGUAAACAAUUGUACUCACAAUCCGUACACUUGAGGCAGCAGCACGGGAAGAACGAGAGCAAUAAAAAGAUGCUGCAGGACGCUUUCAGUCUCUUAGCGUACGCCAAUCCGUGGAAUUCGCCAGUCGGCUGGCAGCUUGACCCGCAACAGAGGGAGACGGUCUGUGCCAGGCUGAAUUCUGCUAUAUUGGAAUCGAGCAAUCUUCCACGUCGACCACCGUUGGAAGUUGCCGCGUCCCAUGCAAGGGAACUCGUUCGACUGAUGUCGAGUGCCGGGCUGGGAGCAUGCGGAUUCGCGGUAGUAGAUAAUAUUAUCCAAUAUUGACGGUGCCUACCUCUGCUACCACGUCCGCCUCUUCUACCAGCGCGAGUUUGGUAUGGAAACUCCAUACAAAGAAAGAGUAAGGAUGCUGAGGCGGAACGUGGAGCAGAUUAUUCUGUUAACGCAGCAACAUCGCGAUGUCGCGUGCCUCUUCAGCUAGAGCAGCCGGAUUCAUCGGUGCCUUGGCUCGAUCUCACACCACAAACACGACACAAGGUGAACGCUCAGACCUGCCAACCAAAAUGACACCUCAUGAAUUUUUAGCUUAAAUCGGAAGGACGGUCACUUUGGAUUACGCCGACCAAGAGCGAGAAAAAAUACGGCAGUCGAUGCUGAUCCUCCGUUCCCGGCGGCCGGUCGUCGCGCGACCGGUCACAACCGCGCGUUUUUUUGACAUGUUGUGACUUUAUAUCAUUUUCGGAAAGAACCCCUUUACUUACUGUUUUUUCCCCCCUUUUGAUUUCUCUUUUCUUUUAUAUAGGACGUCAGCUUGCCUUCGUUUUACGAAACUCUCGAAGUACGUUAAUCCGCGAUUAACAGCGUGUUAUAUAUAUAUAUAUAUAUAUAUAUAUAUAUAUAUAUGUAUGUGUAUGUAUGUAUAUCCAGAAAUGCGCGCCGUGUGAUUCACUCGACAGCCUCUGAACUGUUAUUCACGCCGUCGUUGAAAUCGGUACGCUGCGACUGUGCAAUACACGACACGAGAUUCCGAGACGCGAGAGUACCGUUGUCGGUGAUAAAUCGUAUGUAUGUAUAGUCAAUGUCAAUUCGCGUUAACAGCGACAUCAUCGCUGUGCCGAUGAAGGAGAGAGAGAGAGAGAGAGAGAGAGAGCGAACGAUGGAAAGUUCUUACCGUCAUGUCGCAGUGGCACUCUCUUGUAUGCUCUAUGUAUAACGCACGAGGUUGACGCGUAAAAUCAAAUUUAGUUGCAUUUAAAAUGCGAGUUGUGUCAGGGCGCUACACACGAGAUGAGGAACGAGAAAUAAUCGAUCGAGAACACACCGCUUUCAGGUGUAGCCAAAUUCGUUGAUGGUCCAUCGUCAUGGAGGGGGUGACAAAUGACACGUGUAUAUAUAAAUAAUAAUAAUAAUAAUAAUAAUAAUAAUAAUUAUGUGUUUCGUUCGCUUCGGAUAAAUCGAUCGCACGAGCUGAGACUCCAAUCUCUUCCUUGUAAAAUUCACUGUAACCCUCGGCUCGCAGGAGCCGUUACCAAAUUUUUCGCGUACAACGCAAACGACAGAGUAUCUUGUUUUCUUUUUUUCUUUCCCUCUUGCUUCGUUUCUGUGUGGUCAUUCUCGAUCACCUUGUGUAUCCCCGAUUUUUUCGUGAUUCUUCUGGGAGCGGCGGACGCAUGUUCAUUUUAGAGAAGAUGGACGAGAUCUUACGUUUAUAUAAAUAGUUACGAGAGAAACAAAACAAAAAAAAAACAAGAAACAAAAACUUAACUAAGGAACGAUCUUGUACUCUAUACUAAGUAAUUGUUUUUUAUAUGCGACAUAGUAUAUUAUUAUAUUAUAUAUUAUUAAAGGAGAAAAAAAACACAAACCAGAAAAUCGUAUGCAGCUAGGCGUAAGCGUGCGUUUAAAUACAAUAAUUUACUAUAUAUACAAAGAAGAAGAAAAAAAAAAGAGGAAAUCAUAUUAAUUAAAGAUAGAAUUACUCGAAUUAAAUGAUUUUUAGUGUUAUUGUUUUAUGUACUAUAGAUAGAGCUAUGAUAACGAAUAUGUGCGAAUACAGCAAUGAUUUGGCCAAGUGGGUUUUAUAAGUCAUUUUGUUUUCGUCGCGCAUGUUGUUGGUUGUUAUCGCGAGUAUCCCGCCAGGACGACCGUGUUUGUUAAAUUCUCAAUCUACGACCUAUUGUGUGUGUGUGUACAGGCCGAUCGGAACUGAUUUUUCGAAAAGGUGAACUCGUUAUUGUUACACUUCGAUUUGUUAGAGUUACGCUACCGGCGGCAAAUCGAUCUCCUNCCCCCCCCCCCCC